UCUUGUUUUUCUUUUCCUUCCUAACCCAUCAUAAAAAUCUUCAUUAGCAAAGACUUUUGAACACAUUAGCAAAGACUUUACCUAAAACCCAAUAAAGUUGAAAAUUUCAAGUUUAUGGUGUGGCUUCACAGAAAGUACUCCAUGGCUACAGGCAUAUAUAAAUAUUAUUUAUUUUGAAGGUCCAUGCUUAUUUUUGAGGUCAAUGGUCGAUCCCUUUCCCUAUAAUAUAUAAUAUAUAUAAGCCUCUUGCUUUGGUGUAUUUGUUGGAUAACAAAAAAUUGAGAAAGCUGUUAGCAAACAUGGCUUCUUCUUCUUCUUCAUUUACUACUUAUUUGGUUUUGGUUAUAUCUGCAACAAUAUUAUUGUUGGCGUCUCUCUCAGAGGCUGAUCAUUUCUCUGCCCCUGUGGUAAAGGGACUAUCCUGGAAUUUUCACGAUUCAAGAUGUCCAAAAGUGGAAACCAUUGUAAGAAAACACCUCAGGAAGGUGUUCAAGGAGGAUGUUGGCUUAGCUGCCGGCUUGCUUCGCCUCCACUUCCAUGACUGCUUUGUUAAGGGGUGCGAUGGUUCUGUUUUGCUUGAUGGGUCGGCAAGUGGUCCAAGUGAGAAAGCGGCACCUCCCAACUUGAGUUUGAGGGCUGGGGCGUUUAAGGUAAUUGAGGACCUCCGUGAGCUUGUGCACAAAGAGUGUGGAAGGGUCGUCUCCUGCGCUGAUAUCACCGCCCUUGCUGCUCGUGAUGCUGUUUACUUGUCCCAUGGCCCUUACUAUGAUGUUCCCUUGGGAAGGCGGGACGGUCUCAACUUUGCAACAAUAAAUGCCACACGAGCCAAUCUCCCCCCACCAAGCGACAACACCAGUGCCCUCAUCACCUUUUUUGCAACCAAGAAAUUGGAUGCCACUGACCUCGUAGCCCUCUCCGGUGGCCACACCAUCGGACUCAGCCACUGCAACUCUUUCACUGCUAGGCUCUACCCCAACCAGGACCCAACCAUGGACGAUUCCUUAGCUGAGGACCUCAAAGGCAUUUGUCCCACUGAAAAUACCAACACCACCACCGUGAUGGACAUCCGAACUCCAAACAAAUUCGACAACAAGUACUACAUUGGACUCGUGAACCGGCAAGGCCUCUUCACGUCCGACCAAGACUUGUACAUGGACAGUAGGACUCGGGACUUUGUCACCAGCUUCGCUGAUGAUCAGACCCUUUUCUUCGACCAGUUUGUUCUUUCCAUGAUAAAGAUGGGGCAGUUGAGCGUGUUGACGGGCAGAAAAGGAGAAGUUCGUGCAAAUUGCUCCGUUAGGAAUUCUGAUAAUCAUUCCUAUCUGAGGUAUAUGGUGGAAGAUGAUGAGGAAUCCAAGUCAGAGCUUCGGUAAGGAAUUCUGAUAAACAUUCGCGUGGAAGAUGAUGAGGAAUCUAGGUCGAUAUAUGGUAGCUUUAAAAGUAGUUACAGUGUUUGAAUUGUGGACAUGUUUGUGUUUGUUUUUCAUUGCUUGUUUAGGUGUGAAAUUAACAUUGUUAUAUGUUUUUUUCUGAGCCAACGGGAGGCAUCUUACCAGUUAGGCUAGAAAACUUUGGCACUUUGUUAUAAGUUGCUGAUUGUACGUGUUGUAAAAAUAAGUGUGGUUGACUGAUUAAAACGCUAGACUUUCCAACAUAGUUCUUAAUCGUUAA